UUAAAUAACACUUUAUAGCAAUAAGUUACGUGAUUUUGAAUUAAAGUUAACACAAGCCACAGAGAACCGUACUGCCCGGUAGAAAUAUGCUGCGCUAUCGCCAUAUACAUCUGGCGCGCUUACUGCAACCAGUGUCUGUUCGAAUUUUAUCCCCUGCUGCCUACUCAUCGGAAACCGGCAACGAUGAUCCGGAGGAUAAACAUCCAAUUAGACGCACACUUCGCCUACUUGGCAACGAUAUGCGCAAAGUUAGGGACUUCUUUAUGCCCAAGAUCAACAGAACUGAAGAUAAAACGGAUCGCCGACCAAUGCAGAGUAAAUUUCAAUUUAAAGGCGAUCAGGGCCAGCCGGAAGAGUUCCAGACGCACUGUGAUAUUUUGGUUAUCGGAGGUGGUGGCAUUGGAAGCUCUAUUGCGUAUUGGCUAAAGGAAAAGGCACGGGAUGGACUCAAUGUCGUCGUAGUUGAAAAGGACGAUACUUAUUCCAAUUCCGCCACUCGCUUGUCCAUUGGUGGCUUGCAUCAUAAAUUUUCGCUUCCCGAGAACAUAGAAAUGUCCCUUUUUGCUGCCGAUUUUUUGCGGAAUGGAAAGCAGAAUUUUGGCGCUGAUAUACCACUUAACUACACGCCAUGUGGUCAUCUGAGACUAGUUAGCGAAGAGGGCGCCGAGGCACUGCAGCGCACUUGCCAGCUACAAAAUGAAUUGGGCGCACGCAAUGAACUGUUGACACCGGCCCGCUUGGCCACCCGUUUCCCGUGGCUAAAGACCGACGGCGUUGCCCUGGCCUGUUUAGGUUUAGAAAAGGAAGGAUGGUUUGAUCCAUGGGCUCUGCUAUUGGGUUACAGACGCACAGCUGUCCAUUAUGGUGCACACUUUGUGAAUGGCGAGGUGGUGCGCUUUAUAUAUAAAAAUCAACCGGAUGUUACAAUUGUGGGCGACGAAGCUUCCAAUGAGGGGCAGUAUAGUAGCCUUGACAAGGUCGUUGUUCAGCUACAGGAUGGCACACAACGAUCUAUUAAGUUUGCUUUGUGUGUAAUAGCAGCGGGCGCCAGCUCAGGGAAUGUAGCCCAAUUAGCGCGAAUAGGACGAGGUCCUAACAUUUUACAAGUGCCACUACCUGUGGUGCCGCGAGAGCGUUGCCUUUAUGCUAUCACCACAGACGCACAAAAUGCGCCUGGUAUUUCAACGCCACUCACAAUUGACCAUAAUGGCGUGUUCUUUAGAUCCGAUGGCCUGGGUGGCAACUACAUUUGUGGACACUUUGGCAAUAUUGAAGAUAGUUCAGAGAAUCCUGAUGCACAAGCCUUCUUCGAGUCGGCGAUUAGACCCACUUUGGCAAAACGCGUGCCAGCAUUCGGAAGCGCCAGAAUUGUCGACAAAUGGUCUGGCAGUUACGACUACAAUCUUUUUGACGACAACGGCAUUAUUGGUCCUCAUCCGUAUUACAAUAAUUUGUACAUUGUAACAGGCUUUAGUGGACAAGGAAUACAGCAAACGCCGGCUCUGGGACGUGCUAUAUCCGAACUCAUAAUGGACGGCAGUUUCCGCACAAUUGAUCUGUCUAGGCUUAGCUUUGAUAGAAUAAUUGUGGAUAGACCAUUGUACGAGUUGAAUAGUAUUUAAAAUUAAACGUGCUUUAUAAUUUAAGAACAAAAAUGAUUAAUAAAUUGGGCUGAUUGUAUCAUUUGCCAAUUAAA